AUAGCCGCAGACGCGCCCCCAAGGAAAGCUGCUCCCCAAGAACAGGCGUCAGUUUUCUGCCAAGGGUUGCCUCGUUGCCUAUCCGUAGGUAUAUGUAACAGCCAGUACAGGAGUUCAGCCUCAUCUAUACACAGAGACUAAUCUAGCAACCAUGCACCAUAUGAGUGAGUCUGCCCUUUGCCUCAUCUUCGCUAUCAAUUUCCUUGACCGAGGCCGAAAUGUCUAUACAGAAGCUCGCUACCGCUGUCGCGUCACUAUCCCAAGAAACUAGUAUUGGACUUGUGAACUUCAACUUCGAUUUCGCUCUCAAGAAGUACGAGGCGCCGCGUGAAUUCCAAGUGCUUGGCCGGGAGUUAUCCCAGGCAAGAAUCAAAGCGGCCGAAGACGGCCCCGUCCAUAUCACGGCCCGGAAGCUUGGCGCCUUGUUUCGCCAAUGCUUGCCCUCAACACCUAAUCUCAUUAAGGCUUACGGAACCCGCGCAUCUGAUGUUGCGUCCGAUCCGAAAGUAAAUCCAAAACCUUCCAAAAAUCAUGGCAUUCUUGCAGAUCAUGUUGGAAUUGACGGUACGAGCAUUUGGGCUGCGGCAACGUCCGGCGCUGAAUCGAUCGCCGUGCACUUGUUGGCUUGCAUGCUAGCCCGAAUGUGGUCGCGGUCAGAAGCCAUUGCUAUUUGGGCAGAGCUAGUAGCAGAAAGAAAGAAAGAGCUUGAGCAAACUGAUGAAGCCGACCCGCAAUAUCAGAUGGCGCGAAACGAUUCAAGAAUUGAUAUCACAAGGGAUCAGCUCGCGCAAUGGGACUCAUCCGCAAGAGCAUGGCUCCAAUCCGCCGAUGAGGCAAUGAAAAUCAAACAAACCCAGUUAAUGUUGAUACUGAACAACAUUAAUCUUCCGGUGAACACCAAACCAAAAUUAUAUCGGAAUGUGCUACAGGCCUGGACAACGGCUAUGAUGGCUGCCGAUAAUCUUAUUCGUGGCGUUCCUCAGUCAGUAGAGUACGGCGCAAUUCUUCUUGGUAUUUCAUCGUGGCAUAUAUAUCCAGAUAUGUUGGUGCUACAGAGCUCUCCGACACCUGUCAGCCAAGCUGAUCCUCUAGUCAAUGAUGCUGGGAUUCUGACCAUCGGGCUGAAUACCGAUGGCCGCAGUGAAACAGGGAUAUCUUGGUCGCUGCCAUUAGGCCACCUACGAUAUUAUGGGGCCCCCGUAAUGACCGAAAAGUCACUCGUCACACAAGGGAAUCGGAUCACCGUUACCCAGUUAAUACAAUUGUCUAUCGGCUGCAUGACACGACAAUGGGCACUUCCCGAAUCGGAUAUCGUACGGUUCCUCGUGGACCUGUGGCGGUUUGUCGAGCCUGUAGCACAAAGGCCCGCGGACGGGACAACCUUUUGGCUAGGCUAUCUCGCAGAAGCAGUGAAACCUUUACUUGAUCAAGAAUCUCUGGAGGCGCAGGUUGGAUUCAGGCUACUGAAACUAGGUGCUCGUCGGUGCUCACACUUCCUCGGAUCAGACAAUCGGAAGCCUACCACCAUACCUAGGCUCUUUGGAUUGGACGACAUGAACGUUUUCUCCAGCCUUGUUGCGCGGCCCGAAGAUUCCGUACCCUAUUUUAGAGAGCUUGCAAAGCAUCCCAUCUUCAAAGAUGUUCAUACUAGACUCUGCAUUAUCAGGUAUCGCCAAGAUUACGAAGCAGCCAAGCUCCGUAGUACUUACGAGUAUGCGACUGUACUCCCUUUGCAGAGGGAAGGCAUAAAGAGAUCACACGAUGGCCAGCAACGCAUGGUUCUAAACCCUGCCCGCCAUUGUCGUUGGAUAGGAAUUGAGCUUGAAGAGGACUCUAGCGAGGGUCGAUAUGUGUCGGAUCGCCUUGAACACUUCACAAGCCAGGGUGAAGACUCCUUUUCUUUCACGGAUGGUUUCAGUAAAACUACUCCGGGGCAAAUGAAAUGGACUGGUAGCCGGGAAGAAUUUGCCAGAUACGGUAUAUCACAACAUAUAGGUGGCAAUAUUAUUGGUUCUGUCAAUGGUUUGGCACCAGAGGAUACCUAUUCUUAUUCCGAAUUUAUUGACUUCGAAGCCGGCCUUGAUAUCUAUGACAACAGUCAGACCAGAAGCCUCGCUAGAAUAACAGGAUUAUGUAAUAUAACAUUUGAGGUUGUUCUGGGCAGCUUGGACACUGUCGCUCUUAUGGUCAGUAAGCGCUACCCAGAUGAAGACCUCAGCAUGUUCAAACCGACCAUUGGGUUGUCUCUAUCAACCUUCUUGGAGGCCAUGCGAAGCAAAAACAGCCCCGUUUCUAGAAAGGAAACUCUUUCACACCUAUGUAAGCUAGUGAACAUGCCUGCUCCGAACCUACUCGACCGAUCGCUACGAGUCUUGGCCACAGUGUCCUCUAUCUAUAAUCAGCUUCCCAGUUCGACUAUAUCUCUGAGUGUCAUCGAGAAUUGUCUCCCUGAGAUGGCCUGGAUACCUUCUACAGGUGCUUCUACUGGGGAGUACUCGCCAUUCACACAGAAUUCACCCACCACGCCAUUCAAAUUGGAUAGGUCCUCGACCUUCUCGUGUCUUCUCUUAUUCGAGACAGGUAGCUUGUCGGUGCCACCAAACGCACUUCAAGAGGUAAUGGCAAUGGCUAUUAGCGACUCGAUUUACAUUGCCAAAAUUUUAAUCAGCGACCCUUCGGACAAGUGCUUUGCACAUGAAAUUGUUCAGGUUAGGGGUAGUAUCGGAAGAUCAGGGAUAGCGUUGAUGAUCCCACCAAAAUCCCCCCUCACCCGCAAAAUGGAUUUAUCGAACUGGCACCUUGUGAACCACAAUACUUUUGAUGGUCAACUCCACGACUCCUUCAGCUCUACAACUCUCCACCUCGGAUUCACCGAUUAUAUCUUUCCUGUUCAUGUUGGGAAUCAUGGUAAUAGAGAUUUUGAAGUAUACUUUCUGGAAUCUCUGGUUUCUGUUCAUGACCGCGGAGAAUGGGUUGCAGAUCUAGACAUCCUUCGAGCCCUAGAGGAAGAUGUUUCCUGGAAAGUAGUUGAGACGAAUCACUGGAAACAACCUCUUUUCAGCUCUAUCAGUAAAUGCGACCACACGAAGGGUCACGAGGAGGACUCAGAGCGUGUGUUCCUAACAACUAUAGACGACUGGAACGAGAUAUUUGAUCCUCCAGGGAGCGUCGCCAUUGUUCGGUCUCUGAACAAUUGGCUUGGUCGACUCGCCACUGCUGCUGUCUGUCGACAACUCGGAAAUCUGGUGAUAGUUUUGCCAGGCAAGUUUUGCAAGCUGUGUCUAAGUGCAGAGUGGACUCGGCUAUCAACACCCCCAAAGCCAAGUGGUAACCCGGAGCAGACUGGGCCGUCUUUCGUGUAUGUUCAGCCCUCCACCAUAUAUGGUCGGCCGCAUCUUGAGCUAGAACCGGAUGUGCUUCUCCAGGUGAUGGUCAACGGUGUGAGUGAGUUGAGAAAGCCGGAUUAUGUUAGAGAUAACAUGAUGAGCCAGGGGAACAUCUUUUUGAUAUGCUAGGUUGGUUUAUCGGGUAGGAAGAUUUGGUCUUUUUGAUGAGCACUGUGGAGAGUGAAGUGAAGGCAACAUCGGGUAAAUAAACGAAGCCAAAGAGUAGUCUCUUGAGCGCCGUGUUGCUUUUCAUUGUUUGCGAUGCCAACCGGGGCCUUUACUUUGGCCACAGCUGCAUGACCACAGGCGAAGAGAAGGUAAAUGAAUGUAACUUCUUGAACAUGAGACGCAAAUCUAACCGCAGUUGAAUAUGUGUUUACAUCCGCCCCAAGCAUGCUGACCUUGAUCCGGGU